UCCAUCCGUCCUCGUCGGCCCACACCCGAGGCUAGGGUUUUAUAAGACCACCCCAAGCGCAGCCACCAGUUCCUCCUCCAAACCCUACCGCCGGCGCCUCCACUUCGCUUCUCCCACAUUUCCUGGCGCUCAGGGUCCGGUGAAGGAAGGGAAGAUGUACACCGCGAGGAAGAAGAUCCAGAAGGAGAAGGGCCUCGAGCCCUCCGAGUUCGAGGACUCUGUCGCCCAGGCUUUCUUUGAUCUGGAGAACGGCAACCAGGAGCUGAAGAGCGACCUCAAGGACCUCUACAUCAACAAUGCAAUCCAGAUGGAUGUUACCGGGAACAGGAAGGCUGUGGUGAUCCACGUCCCCUACCGCCUGCGCAAGGGCUUCAGGAAGAUCCACGUCAGGCUUGUCAGGGAGCUGGAGAAGAAGUUCAGUGGCAAGGAUGUGGUAGUUGUUGCGACAAGAAGGAUUGUGAGGCCGCCCAAGAAGGGUUCUGCUAUUCAGCGCCCUCGCACCAGGACUCUUACUGCUGUUCAUGAUGGAGUCUUGGAGGAUGUUGUCUACCCAGCUGAGAUUGUGGGGAAGCGUGUCAGAUAUCGUUUGGAUGGUGCCAAGAUCAUCAAGAUCUUCUUGGACCCAAAGGAGAGGAACAACACCGAAUACAAGCUGGAGACUUUCACUGCAGUUUAUCGUAGGCUCUGUGGGAAAGACGUUGUCUUUGAGUACCCGGUGACCGAAACCGCAUGAAGCUGAUGCCUUCGAUAUCUCCAUUUCAUUUCUUUGAAUCCGAAUGUUUUGGUUAAGGGCUCCCUAUGUAUUCGGAAAUCAUAGUUUUGAUGCCAAAGUUGUUGCUUAGGUAUUUGGUACUCGGGAAUUGGCAGGGGACGUGAACAAUGUUAAGUUUUGAGCAUUUAAGUUAUAGAACCUUUGCCCUGUUAA